AUGAUUUCAGAAAACAUAUAUGGAAAGUUUUCCUUAUACGUAGGAGAUUUGGAUUCAAGUGUAGAAGAUAGUGAUUUAUACAACAAAUUCAGUGAGAUUGGUGAGGUUUCCUCCGUUAAAAUUUGUCGCGAUCUAAGGAGUGGAUCGUCUCUUGGUUAUGCAUAUGUCAAUUUCAACCAUAAAUCUCAUGCGGAAAAAGAACUGAAUUUCAAAGAGUUGAAGGGAAAACAGAUGAGGAUAAUGUUCUCGAAACGUGAUCCAAGCAUGAGGAAUAGUGGUAAAGGUAACGUGUUUGUCAAGAAUCUGGACAAGUCUUUCGACAACAAGCAACUCUACCACUUAUUUUCUUCAUUCGGACUAAUUCUCUCUUGCAAAGUGGCCCGUGACGCUUAUGGUGUUUCCAUGGGAUACGGUUUUGUCCAAUUCUACUCGGAAACUUCAGUUUUAGACGCCAUUAUUGUUCUCGAUGGGGCCUUUGUCUGCAACCAAUAUCUUCAGGUCUGUCAUUUCGUCAAUCGUCGUCAAUGGGACGAGUCUCCUGUUUUUACAAACGUUUAUGUCAAAAACUUGGUGGAGACUGCAACAGAUGAUGAUUUGAAGAAGAUUUUUGAGGUGUUUGGGGAGAUUACUAGUGCGGUGGUUGAAUCAGCGGCUACUGCGGUAGAGAAGAUGAAUGGAAUAAUAGUCGAGGAAAAGGAGUUGUAUGUUGGGAGGGCUCAUAAGAAGAAGAAUAGGCUCGAGGAUUUGAGAAACCAAAUCAAGCUAGAGAAGAAGAAUAGUAGAAUUGAGGGUUUGAAUCUUUAUGUGAAGAAUCUUCUUGAUGAUUCUGUUACUGAGGAAAUGCUUCGAGAGUUAUUCUCUGAGUUUGGAACCAUCACUUCUUGCAAGGUGUUGGGUUUGUUAAGUUCUCUACUAGUGAGGAAGCCUGCUGAAGCUUUGAAUGAGAUGAAUGGGAAAACGGUGGGAAAAAAACCGAUCUAUGUUUCUUUGGCCCAGCGUAAAGAAGAACAAAGUAAUGUGAAUUCGCAGAAUGUUGUUUCGUCAACUCGACAACAAAGUCCUUACCAGCAUCCUAUCUUCAGUCAAGCGGGAGGUCCCGCGACAAUGUUACCUCCACGACCUCCAUUCAGAGGUUACAAUUUUCAACCACUCCAACCGCAUCUUAUGUUUGGAUCAAGACCUGUAAUGCCUGUCCCUAAUUUCAUGGUGCCACCACCACUUCCUUUUCAAAGACCAGCACUAUAUCCACCUGCUCCUCCGUUCAGCUUCCACCACGGUGUCCAACCUAUGAAGUCACUGCCACUUCCACAACCGCAGCUAUGGAACCCAUAUGGUAGAAUGCAGUAG